AAACAUUUGGGAGAAAACUGGGCAUUUGUAGGAGAGCUGCUCAAGUUAACUUGUAGCCCCGUGGGUGGUCUUGCAGAGGAGCAGGUCAGGAUGCACGUCCACUGUUGUCUGAGUCUGAGCUUGCUGUGGGAGCCGAGCACUGCUGCUGUCUCUACCCUCUGGGACUACUACAGCAAAAACCUGAACGCCUCCCUCACUGUGCCCUGGUUGGGAUUAUCUGGCCUGGGCACGGUGUGUAAGACGCCCCUGGCUCUGUUGGAGCAGGCGCGCAGCUGCUGCUCUCCGUCUCCCCUCCACUCUGCAGGUCACACCCAGCUCUAUCGCUCUGCCAACUCCUUCCACAUCUUCCUCCGUGUGCUGGCCCUGUGCCUGUCCCAGGACCGGGCCGGCGGGGUCCGACAGAGGCAAAUCAAAGGGAGGAUUUACUCCAAGUUCUCACCAAAGAAGAUGCAGGAGCUGUCAGAAGCAGGACUCAUGAACUUCCUGCUGCUGUUUCUGGUCAUGGCCAGGCAGGUGGAGCUGGAGGAUGUGGCGAACAGAGCCUGUGAGCUGCUUGGCUCUCUGCCCUCUAAUUGCCCCCCUGCACAUCGCACGCUGGUCUGGAGAGGGCAGCUGUCACUGCUGCUGCUUUUCCAAGAGAGAGGUCUGGACGUUGGUGCCAUGGCCAGUUGGUUGGCCUCCUCCUUCACASAGACGGCCAAGGAGUUCCUCACUCUCAAACAAACCCCAGACGCCCCUCGCAGACAGGCCCUCUGGGGGCCGCUCGGCUCCUACCUGGACGGUGUAGCCGAGGUGUUUGAGACCAGCGCCAGCCUCAGCCUGUCGGAGGAGAAGCUGCUGAAUGAGGGCUUUGACUGGCUGCUGCCUGCGUGUCAGUCGGAGCUGGACUCUGUGCUGGGCUUUCUGCAGACCGUCCUGGCACAGCUCAGACGGGUCCAUCAGCGCUGUGUCCAGUCAGUGCCCACUCCGGCCUGGGCUCCCGCRACAGCCAGUGUGAUUAAAGAGCGCCACCUAGCGGUGGCUGCUGCUCUGUGGAUGCACUUCUUCCCCUUCCUSCAAAGCCUACUCCGCUCGCCGACCCCUCCAGCACAGCUGGCAGAUGCUGCUGCAGGUUUCACCUUCCUGGCCUUUGAUCUACCCAGCUCUGCCCCCAAGGACCUGCAGCCCCACCCAGUUCAGUCCAUCAUGCAGUCGUUUGGCUGGGAUGACAUCGUUCACACGCUGCUUGUAACUCGCUACCUUCCUGAUGUGCUCCAGAACAGUGAGCUGGCCUCUGCUCUGGGCAGUGGUUCUGUGUCCGGGUCGGCUCAGGGCCUCUCAGUGCGAGCCUGGAUCAGGUGUGUUCUACAGCAGCACCUUCACAAGAACCAGGACGGGACUGACAGCUGUACAAGUAAGACUGUGAGGGAGCAGCUGUGUGAACUGACCCGGCUCGUGCUCAGGCUUCCUGAGGUCGACAGUCUUCUGCAAAGAGCCCGACUUCAUUCCACAAACCCCCGGCUGGACCCCACCGGAGCCCURAACACGUUUGUCAAGGCUGUAGGCAGCGUGUACAGUGGACUGCAGCUCCUGUCAGAGCGAUCAGCCAUGGUGACCACGGCCCUCGGCUACAUUGGUGACAUCUUGAAUUACAUCAGACCUUACAUGGUCAACAAAAACCAGGAAGGAAUCCAGUUGGCGUACUGGUCUGUGGGCUGCAUAGUUAAACACUGGAGCCCCCUGCUGGCCACUUCCAAAGCACAAUCUCUGCUGUUUCAGAUUGUAGACAGGGUUCUUCUCCCCCACCGCCUCCCACAGCAGGACAAAGCUCUGAGGGACAGCCUACCCCUCUACCUGCAGGGUCUGUCAGUGGCCUCGAGCGUGUCUCAGUCACAGGGUGCCAACCUGAAGCAGCAGCUCCGCUCUGUCAUCCACAGAUAUCUGGAUCAUUUUCUGCCCACCUCACCUUUCGUGGGUGCCGUCGCCAACCACCCGGUUCUUCUCGGUGCCUGRGAGGACGCGCCGACUCCGCGAGGAGCCGCGCUGAGGAGGACCGUACUGGAGGUGCUUUGUGAGAACUUCCUCCAGUUCAAAGGCAACAGCCCUCCUCCUCGACUCGCACCAGUCCUGAUGUUCUUGUUGGAACUCCUGAGAAGAAACAGAGACACAGAUGUUUCUCUCCUCACCCUGCCUCUGCCCUCCCUCCUGCACUGUUUGAUGCUGGUCAGUGAUGCACAAGUGAGGAAGACGAGCACAGAUGCCCUGCAGCUCGUGGUGGAGCGAUGUGCUGCUGCCUCUACGGAGGGGCCCUGUGAGCAGAUGAUCGGUGUCUUACGGUAAGUGACUGUGAUCUGCAGCGAUAAAUAUCUGCACCUGCGUGUGGGGAGAGGCCACUUCACCCCCAAAUCCCGUGGAACACUUUAAGGAGUUUCCUUCUAUCGUCAUGUCGAUGCUCUUAGARGUUUCGUGGAGAAGAACGAGUGCGUCUACGACAGGCAGGUCUACGGUGUCCUGGAGACGGUGGCCGURCUGGAUCCCAGCGUGGUUCAGGCUCUCGUUCCCAGCCUGUCUGUCYGUCUGAGAAAUGCUGAACACAAACGAGGAAUGGGCAAGAACACUGCCUUGAGGAGUGCAUACAUGAAGCUGCUGAGUCUUCUUGGAGAAUGUGGGCAGGCUGAGAUCAUCCGCCUGGAGAACAACUGAAAAGUCUUCUGGAAAGAACUUCAAACCUUUUUAUUUCAUAAAUCUGACAGACUUGAUUUGGUUCCCAAAACAGCAAAAACUAAAAUCUGAGUUUGUAGUUGAUGUGAAGGCAUGUUCUGGUCCUUCUGAGCUGGGGUUCUGUUAGGAACAAUUAAUAUCUUAGCUGUAGCAGAAAGCUCUUCGAAAGUCAUCAGUUUGAAGAAAAAGUUCUGGUCCAGCAGGAGUCACGAGCUAACUACUAGUUCAAACACAGCUAAAGCCAAAGUAGACUGCUUCCAUUUUAAAACCAUGUGAUUUAGACUUUUUCACCCCAAGUCCUGAAGCGAGAACCCUCUAAUGAACCCAGGCUUCUGGUACAGAUGUGUGCUGCUGCUAAUUCUACUAGUUGGUGUUUUUAUUUAUUUUUAAAUAAAAAGUAUUCUGGAGGGUGGUGGGUGUGGUAAUCAAAAGCACAUCUCAAUAGUAACUUGUGCCAAUGCCAGUCUUUUACAUUUUCUCAACGUUUUAAAAAAAUAAUAAUUUUGACGCUCAUUAAUUCUUCAGAUUUGUUCAUUUUAACUAGAAUUUGAACAUUUUAAAUCUGGAGGAACUUCAGAGGUGAGUUCUAUAAUAUUUCUGCUAAAAGAACAAGAAAGGGGUCUCUGCAGUCACUYAGUAGGAMUUUCUGAUUUUGUGAGCUURGUUUACCCAAGAUGUGAUUGGAUGGACUGACAGUGGGGUUUAAAGAAGCUGUGGGCAGCUUGGUCGAAUAGACCAGGAAGCACAUGUACCUUUUUWAAUAUAGAGAUUAAUUUUAGUCAUAACUUGAGACAGGAAGGUGCUAGCUGGAUGAAAUUUGAACACUGUAUAUGUGGUGGGAUGUAUAAAAAUUUGGCUUGGUCAAAACAUCCCUAAGCAGCCUGUAAAAAGAUCASUAAAAGUCAAUAUGAAUAUAAAUAUUAGUCAUAACUUGAAACAGGAAGGUUCUUGUUGCAUGAAAUUUCAAGUCAAUAAAUUAUGGUUACAUGUUCACACUAGUUUUUAUUUAUGUCAUUGUUCUGUUAUAAACUCUACAUAGACAGUCAAUAAAUCAUUAUUUUACUAUUAUCAUGACUUCCUCUUUUAAGUUGCCCCACAAGACAAYUCAAUUCGACCAAUCACGGUUAGGGCCAACUCCGCCCACAGAAUAUGCACUGCAGAGACCCCUACUUGGAAAAAACCUAGAGUAAAGAUUUAAAUAAUAGUUUAGAAUAAAUGAUUUGGUGCUAUGAAAUGUUGAAGUUUACAGUUAGUUUAUUACAGCAACAAACCCCUGACACUGAGUCUGCUCGGACCAGUUGGGUGAGCUAAUAAUUAGUCCAGGGUUAUUCAACUGGCGUCCUGUGGCCCGGAGGACUUUCAUCCAGCCAACCAAUGAUUAUGUUUUUUACUUAAUUAAAUAUAAAACUACAUUUUAAAUCAGUGGUAAAUUAUGAACUAAUGCAACAACAAAAACAUUUACACGGUAAAACGUGCUUGUUGUCUUACAUAAUACAGUUUCUUCUACCCUGAGCUGUUGCUUUCUGUAACUGUGGCCUCCUGAGAAAUUUAUUUGAAAAGACUUGGUUUAGUCUGAGUUGAGUCAAUUCUUCUAAAAAAAAUAGGAAAAAACAUUACACUGAUUUUUUUUUUUUUGUGUUUUUGGCAGAGAUGUUAGGAUUUUGAUGCUGGAAGUGCUACAGCUAGCUGCUACUGAAAAUAACCAUGUAAUGCAUAGAUGAAGGUGAUGUAGUGUUUUCAUGAACUGCUGCAAAAAGCUAAAUGUUUGAGUUUGAAGCUGAAGGCUGAACUUACAGUUAGCUCAUCAGUCCCGUCUAAUCUAAACUAUUUCUUAAAAGCGAGAUUGUUUAAAGAACUGUUUACUGCAGGUGAGAUACUCAUUCUUUAUUUUUACUACUAAACCCUACUUUAAACAGAAAUUUUCUCUGAAGACCUGUAAGAGCUGCAAUGUGCCAAAAUAUCCCAGAACUGAAAGCUGUCUUAAGAAUCAUCAGUUACCAAAUCAAGUUAUUGUACAAACCUUUAAAUGUGUUGUAAAUAUUGUAGUUUUACAUUUAGUGAUGUAUUAAAUGUAAAAAAUAAAUUUGCUCUUUUGCCUGCUUU